CGGGAACAAUGUUAUUCGAAAUUGCUGUGUUACUUGUGUCCUUGUUGUUGCUCAAAUACGCCUGGGGUAGAUCAAGACGUCCGAAAUGCACAGUACCUGGACCUCCACCCGGUGGGUUCCCUAUUCUCGGAAACAUCGUUCAAAUUGCCGACGAGCGAGUUUACCAAAAGCUGUGCGAUUGGCAAAAGGACCUAGGAGAUGUAUACAAAUUAAAUCUAGUUACCGAGGAUGUUGUAGUUGUAAACGGAGACGCCAUUUACGAUGUCCUAGUUACCAACGGUGAUGAUUAUGGCGGCCGAAUGCAGGGACAUAGAGAAGGAAUGUACUCCAACGGCUUUCAAAAUAUGGGAUAUAGGCAACCUGAUAAAGAAUGGAAGGCGAUGCGUAAAAUUGCCCAGAAAGGACUAAAACAGUACGGAGACGGCGUGGCCCAUAUUGAGCGAAUCAGCAUGGAAGAGAUCCUUGAAUGCCUUGACAAAUUCAACAAGACAGAAGCGUUCGACCCUUAUGAUCCUAUCUACGCUAUGGUGAUCGGCAUUGUCAUAGUAAUUUCAUUGGGUGAGAGACUCAGCCCUGAUAAUCCGUUAUACCAGAAAAUUAAACGAGCAGAUGAAUUAUUCCCUGCUGCGUUCGGAGUUGCUACGUCGUACAUUGAUGUCAUUCCUUGGUUGAACCAUCUACCAAUUAAGGCUAGUAAAACUUUUAAGGAGGCAAUGGAUGCGGUUAGACAAAUGGAGGCGGAAAUAUACCAGCGAUCAAAGAACAACGUGGAAAAGUCCACAAUAUCCGGCGUGAUUGAUGCCAUCAAUGCAAAUCGGGGAGAACUGAAUGAUGCCUUCAUUAAAGGCUUGAUAAACGACAUUACUCUCGCAGCGACAAUAACCACCUCUACUCAGCUCAGAUCAUUGGUUGCACUAACAGUGGACUACCCAGAGAUUCAACAAAAAUUGCACGAUGAAAUAGACAAUGUCUUGGGACAAAGAUUACCGACAUAUGAGGACAGACGCGUAAUGCCAUAUAUGGAGGCGUUCAUAUUGGAAGGAUUGCGUUACAUGUCAGAGGUUCCAAUAUCUGUGCCACAUAAAACGUUGAAGGAUGUCACGUUAAGAGGAUACUUCAUACCUAAAGACACACAAAUUUGGCCGAAUCUGUACGGACUACAUCACGACGAGCGAUUCUUCCCGGAUCCUUACACGUUUAAACCUGAACGAUUCCUUGACUCUGAAGGUGAAUUGAUACCAGUACACGAGAGAAAACAUUUGUUGCCAUUCGGAGGUGGUAAGAGGGUGUGUGUCGGAGAACAGUUGGCUAAGAUCCGAAUGUUCCUGUUCAUGACCACCUUGCUCCAGCGCUUCACGCUGUACCCUGAAACUGACGGAUGCCCUCCAAACUACGACCCUCGUUUGUCAAUAUAUGGUGAGAUCAUGAGGAUGCAUGCUUACAAGAUAAAAACUGUCGAGAGAUCACGUGUCAAUGUACUAACUUAACUGCAGAGGAUUUCCUUACAUAUAUGCUACCGCUGGAUUACGAUAUG